CCCCCCCCCACCUUGCAGGCUCCCGGGACUCCUGAUCGUAAAAACCAGGCACGCUGCGUUCGAUUGGGCGGAUCCGCGACGGUACGGCGCACAUAAUCCAGACAUCUUGUGCCGCCUUGGUUAGCGGGGUGCGAGCUGCGGCGGCGACCGGCAGAGUAUAUAAACACUACUGGCAGCCCCAGCCAUCUCCCAGUCGCUGGCUGCUCAACAUUGGUUGUUCGACUCCUGCUACCAACCACGGUUACAGUCACAGUCACUUCACCGCGUGCGCAAUGGCAGACAAAAAGAAGACCGUGGCUAUCAUUGGUGGCGGCCCCUCGGGCCUAACCACAGCCAAGUCGAUGCUCACAGCGGGGCUCUUACCCACAGUCUUCGAGGCGCGGCAGAACCCUGGCGGACUGUGGGCGCCGCGGGAGGCCGGUCUAGAGGGCACGCAACUCAACCCGGAGAUGCGGACGAACGCCUCGCUCGCCUGCAAUAUGUUCUCGGACUGGUUUCCGUAUGGGGAGGAGAAGGUGCUGGGUCACUCCGAGGCGGGGCUGGUGGCGGAGUAUUUGAACAGUUAUGCGCAGAGGUUUCUGGGCGGUGGACAAUUGAGGUUGGGGUGUGAGGUGGUUGAGGUCGUGCCCGUGGGCCCAAGGGAGGAGUGUGAGUGGCGUGUGGUGUUUAGGGAUGCGGAGGGAGGGGAGGAAGAGGAGACGUUCGAUUUCUUGGUGGUCGCGAGCGGUGCUCAGUCGCAACUGUAUAUUCCGCACCUCGAAGAUCUAGCAAACUUCCCGGGGAAGGCGAUCCACAGCUACAAUUACGUGGCGGAGGAGAUGUUUCCGGCGAACGACGGCGACAGAACCAGAAGGAUUCUGGUUGUUGGGGGAUUGCUGUCUGGGGCCGAGAUUCCGGCGGAGCUCGCUCUGAGGGUCUCGUCGCUUCCGGAAGAAAGACGCGACAAGGUCGAGAUCCUACAUCUUUUCUCGCAGCCUUUCUGGAUCCUCCCCAGGCUCUUACCGUUCACGAAUGAAAAGGAUCCUCAGGCGCCCAGAGUGCUCCCGCUUGAUCAAGUCUUUUUCACUGCCGAUGCCGUCAUGGGUGCGUCUCCUUCAGAGAGCCCAGAGGAGAAGAACACCCGGCUCAACGGCCUCCUAAAGGCGUUGAUGGGGUCAGACCAAGGUGAUAUCGGCCCAGAGUAUCAAAUCGACGACCACUGGAGCACGAAGACUCCGGGGAUCGGUAUGUCAGAGUCCUACCACCGGUUUGUCAAAAGCGGUGCUAUCAAGCCGAUUGUCGGGCGAUACGAGGGCAUUACGGACACCGGCGCUGUACGUGUCUCGCCCGUCCCGAAUAGCACCCACAGUACGGACCGCACACUGGAGGGUAUCGACACCAUCAUCUUUGCUACUGGAUAUACGCCCUGGCCCGCUUUGCGGAAGUUCUUUGCACCCGAGAUGUUGCAAAAGAUGGGGGUAUCGCCGGAGACGGUAAACCCUCACGCCAACUUGCUGUUCUCGCGCAUGCACAAACAGGUCAUGCACCCAGAGCUCGGCCGCACGAUUGGGUUUGUUGGCCUUCAGAUGAGGCCAUACUGGGGGCUCAGCGAGAUACAAGGUCGAUGGCUGGCCAACAUGUUUUCUGGCAAGCUGGACUGGCCGACAGAUGAAGAAAUAGCGGAUUAUCGCAAAGGAGUCGAUCAUCUGGUGAGUAUCGGGAAAUUAAACGACGCUCUCUUGCUCAACAGCCAAGGUGGGUAUCUCGAGGUGAUCGGCGAUAUCUCGAGGAUUUUGGGUAUCGAUCCAUUCACCCCCGCGGCAUCUGUAACAUAUACCCCGAAAUCCUUCAUGCCGGCAUACUACCCACCUUUUGGAACGGCAGAAACCAACGACGAUGCCACGAAAGCAAUCCGUAGUCUUUCGCUCGGUGUCGUCAACAAUUCGUUCUCACCCGCGUUCGUUUCCAAAGUAGUCUUUGCGGAGCUGCAGGGCAAGUGGAAACUCACCAGAAACCUUGCAUCGAAACUUCCGGGAUAUCCAGAGGGCGAGUUUGUGGGACUGGCCGAGUUCCAUCCGCGCAUUAGAUCAUUCACUGCUUUCCACACGGGCGAAGGACAGUGGACGGCCGGGCCCGCCAAAGCCUCGUACCUGUCUCUCGGGCGCGAUGUCCCCGAAUAUCUGUACUCAGAGGAAGGCGACCUCACCACCAAGAGUGGCCUGGUCUUCCACGGCAAGCGCAAAUACAUCUACCACUACGACGACGCCGCCGGUGCGAUCACGGCGUGGUUCGUCAAGCUGGACGGCAGCAGCGUCGACAACUUCUUCCACCACCUCGAUUUCACAAAGACGCCCGAGAAGCUGGGCUCGCCCGGUGUCGAGGGCGACGGCGGCUGGAAGGCUGCCGGGGAACAUCUGUGCUCCAAGGAUUGGUACUGGCCCGCGUACCGCUUCGUCUUCCGCGGCGCGAGGCUCGAGAGGUUCUGGAUUCGCUACAAAGUGCUGGGGCCCAGCAAAGAUUAUAUCUCCGAGGCCAUGUAUGUGAGGGCGUGAUCACAGGCGGGGGGUCAGAGUGGAGGCUUUGGCGUUUGGGUACUGUAGCUGGGAAUAUGCGGGGUUAGAUUGCUUUGUUCGCGUUUCUUGCGGCUGCACUUCAAUGAUAUCGACUUGCUCAAUACCGUGCUGCAUUGGUGAUCGGGCAAGACGCUGUGAAUCUAAGGCCGCCUUCGGCGGCGGCUGUCGAGUCGGGCAAGUGGCUGUGCCCCGGCAAAAGCAGACUUGCAAGUUGUCGAG